UUACAUAAUGUCAGUGAGAUCAUGCUAUCGUUAACCUGUCGCUACGCUUAUAAAUCAGUAGGAAAGAAGAGCAGAAGCAACUAAAACUUGGUAACCAUGAAUCCACUUCUACUUGUUUCUAUUCUAUUGGCUCCCCUCUUCUUCUUGAUACUAGUGAAAAGGAGGUCCAUCUCAAACAAGGAUUCCCGCAUACCUUCACCUCCGGGGCUGCCUUUGAUUGGCAAUCUCCAUCAACUUGGCCCGAUUCCCCAUCUUGCAUUGCACAAGUUAUCAAAGGAGCAUGGACCUCUGAUGCUUCUCCGUUUUGGUACUGUACGUGUUCUGGUAGUCUCAUCCCCCAAAGUUAUCGAAGAACUCAUUAGAACCAAUGAUCUCACAUUCGCAUCCCGUCCCUUGGGCAAAAUAUUGAAUGUUUUGUCCUACAACCAAAGCGACAUAGGCUUCAGUCAAUACGGAGAGAGUUGGAGACAAAUGAGAAGACUAGGUACAACCUACCUCCUUAGCUCACACAGGGUGAAAUCCUUCAUCUCCGACCGAAAAGAGGAGGUGUCUCUGCUCCUUGAAAAAGUUGCUAAAGAAGCUUCAAGGGGUAAUGGUGUUAUAUGCAUGCCAGAGAUCUUGAGUUCGUUCGUGACCAGCGUUAUCUGUAGAGUGGUUAUAGGACCAAGUGUCAGUGAGGAGGAAAAGAAGCGCUUCUUUAAGCUAGCGCAUGAUACUUUAACUUUAAUUUCUAUGUUUUAUGUUGAGGAUUUUUUCCCUAAAUUGGGAUGGUUGGAUGUGCUGCGGGGAGUAAAUGAGAGGGUUAAGAAUCACGAGAAGAAUUGGGAUAAUAUUUUAGAACAGAUUAUCAAAGAUCAUUGCAAUAACUCGAAGGAAGCAAACGGUAAAAACACCACUUAUUUGAUAGAUGCCUUGUUUGAAUUGCAGAACAAUUUCAGCAAGGGGUUUGCCCUCACAAGGAAUCACAUCAAGGGACUUUUGCUGAAUCUAAUUACUGCCGGGUCAGACACAUCAUCCGUAACUCUGGACUGGUGCAUGGCAGAACUUAUUCGAAAUCCCGAAGUCAUGAUGAAGUUAAAAUCAGAAAUCAAAAGAGUUGCUAAUGGGGCAGACAUGAUAAGCGAGGAACAACUGGGCGAAAUGAGCUAUUUACAGGCAUUCAUAAAAGAAGUCUUAAGGGUGCAUCCACCAUCUCCCUUAUUGGUUCCUCGAGAGUCAUUCCAAGAGUGUCAGAUACUAGGCUAUAAAAUUCCGAAGAAUACUAGACUUCUAGUCAAUGCAUGGGCUUUUGGAAGAGAUGAAUUAUAUUGGGAAGCACCAGAGAAGUUCAUGCCAGAGAGAUUUUUGAAUAAUUCGAUUGACUAUAUAGGUAAAGAUUUUCACUACAUGCCUUUUGGUUUUGGUCGCAGAAUUUGCCCUGGAAUGCAAUUUGCAAAAGUUAUGAUUGAGCUUGUCCUGGCAAAUCUCUUGCUUCGCUUUGAUUGGAGUCUGCCGAGAGGCAUCACCGCAGAAGACUUGAACAUGGACGAUGAUGGAGCAAUAGUUGCAGCAAGGAAAGAGAAGCUGGAGUUGGUGCCAGUAGCUACUAAGUUUAAAUAGAUGAUAUAUCUUGUAAUUAAUAAUAAGAUACCAUCAUGUCAUGUGCCAUCAAAAAAUCAUUGCUACAUGAAUUUUGCAAUAAUAACUCGUAGUAAAUGUUUUAAAUCAGUGACAGAAUUUCCUAUUAUGUAACAACAUGAAAUGGUCAUUUGAUCAUUAUUGUGAUAUGUUAGAAAUGAAGGAACGAAAGCCAUGGUCCCUAAAAUGGCAUAUAUACAUAGAAGAGUUUUGCCACGCCUAAUUAUCUUACAUU